GUCUGAAUUGAUUAGUAAACCGGAAGUGAAGGUACAGGUGGAGUGAUCGUGGUCCCAAAGUCAGCCGAUGUGAUGUCACGCAACCAUCCGAUCGGAGGCCAAUAAAGGACGCGACGCUUAUUCCGAGAUCUCUUUCUAAAUCCUCGCAGAAUGCGUCGACAGUGUUUGUUGAGUUGUAGAAUUCUUUUCUCUAAAAUUCCCCGUCGGCUGUGGCCGAUCGAUCCAUAGGAAUUUGUGGGUUUUUUGUUUACGAAAUGGAAUUAUCGCGUGCCUAGUGCCUAGUUAAGGUUUCGAAAGAUGGAGUGCGAAAGUGAUCGUCCAGAAGUGACGCUCGUUAAGAGAGGAAAAGUCAACUUUGUCGAGAGAUCAAAGGGCUUAAAAAGCUUAACACGAAAAAUGCAAUAUGUGCCACUGAUUUUUCAAGAUACGCUGAAGUUUAGUUCAUCGUCCUCUGGUGCAAAGUCACAACUUCUCAAAUCAGAUAGGACACCAAACUUUAUCAAGUCUUUACUGUCAACACGGACUCCCUAUGAAGAAUUUCACCGUCUUUUUAAGAGUGUUCCAAUGGACCAGUUCCCCAUAAAUGAUUUUUCCUGUGCUCUAAGUCGUGAAAUUCUACUCCAAGGAAGAAUCUACAUCACACAAGGAUGGUUCUGUUUUUAUUCAAAUAUAUUUGGGUGGGAAACACAAGUAACAAUAGAUUGUACUAAAAUUCAGUCCAUAACUAGGGAGAAAACAGCUUAUGUUGUACCCAAUGCAAUUCUUAUCUGUACUGAUGAGGAAAAGCACUUCUUUUCAUCGUUCUUAUCCAGAGAAACUGUCUACAAACUCCUCCUUCAGGUGUGGGAUGAAGUCAAAGCUAAGAAUCAGAAAAUGGAUGAAGCUGAUGGGGAGAAUCAGCAAACUGAAGCUGGUUCUCCGUCAGAAGAUAAAGAUGUGUGGGAAGAUGAAGAUGAAGAUGAAGAACAGAAUAUAGAGGGAAACGAUGAUGAAGACCAUGAGUGCAGUGCUGGUGGUCCUGGAGAAAAUGCUGGUCAUUGCAAGAAAUGUGAACAAGCUAGAAAAGCAUCCUCUGAAAAUUUAUCAAGAAUUAAAGAUGUGGAUGAGGAAGGAAAAAUGGUGAUGAGUAAAAGAGGUGGCCAUAUUUCACAUCUGGGUGAAAAAAGCUCAGUUUCUAGAUGUCAAGACCCUGCAAAAAUUACUGGCUGUGCUGGUGCUGCAAUGUUUUUAGCUUCAGUAGCUGAAACUGUUUACUCAUACUUUCAAGUCAGCCUGCGUUUAGUCAGAAGACUUACAAGGGAACAGCUCUUUUACAUAACUACUUGUUUUCUAAUAACAUGUUUAAUAAUGUGCAGUUUAUUCCUGCUUCAACGUAUUUCCAUAUUGGAACCUAAAAUCAUGGCACAAUUAUCUUAUCCUCCAGAAAAGAUUCUUCUUCAAAAGUCAAUGCAUCAAUUGUGGAAACUUCGUCAGGAAGUUUUUGAUGCAGAAAUAGUUAGAUUUAAAACAAUUGUAGCAGCCAAUUUGAAUGCAAUCACACAGGUGCGGCAAACACUCAAAAUGUUGGAGGAUGAUCUUGAUGCUCAUAUGAGUAGAAAUUGUACUUUACUUGCAAACAAUGUGUGUGUACAAAUUUGAGAACAGGAACUUCCUCUUAAGCCUCAAUUACAGAACACUGAUGUCAAGUACUUUCAUCAUACAUCAUUGUCUACAUAGAAAAUCUGCAAAUCUGAAACAUCAACUACCCUCUCCAAAACUUUCAAGUAGCCUGAACUCAAGUUGCCUGUGUUCCAAAGUGCAACCAACUUGAAAUGAAUUUAAAUUUAGGUGCUCUUUAAGACACAUUUUCAAAUUGGUUAUUUAUUAUUGGCAAACGGUAGUUUUAUGAGCAGUGUAUUUAUUCCAUAAGUUUUAUAGAAAUAUAUAAAUUGACAAGAAGUAUUUUGUAUUUAAUGCAUUUGAAUGAUGACGAAGAGGUAAAUACUGAAAAUAAUUUUUACAUAAUAUUCAUUCUUAAAUGACAGUGAUAUGAAGUGACUGAGGCAAAGCCUUAUAAACUAGAAAAAAGGGAAGAAGUGGUAAAAUUACAUAAUUUUCAUCAGAUUUAUUUGAAAGAACAGUUGAAAACUAUUGUCCAUUCUAUGGCAACAAGUACACUGAAACAUUUGAAAUGAGCCUUGACAGUGCAGGCAUUGUCAUUUCUCAGCUAAAGCAGCGAAGCUGCUGGAGUUUUCAAGGGUGAAUAUUUUCAAAAAGUGUACAGUUUGGUAAAGUUAGGGUUUUUCUUGAUAUCAAGUCAUGGGAAAUCAGCUUGGGUUAGGGAAUUGUUCAUUACACGGCAAUUUUUAUGAUCAUCAUGUAUGUUUAACAAGGAAAUUGUAUUUCUAUCAUCAAAACACAGUGUAAGGAAAUGCACAAAGUAGAUUCAAUGAAUUUUAAUUAAUGGGUCAGUUACUGUACGUAUUUUAGUCAAAGGAGCAGAAAAGAUGCAGAUCUAUUAGGAAAUGGUAAAUUUUAAGAUAUAAUUUAGAUAUAAUGCAAUUUGAUAGGGAAUAUUUGAAAGAAUA